GUGAGCGUACCAGCGGCUGUGAGGCGCAACAACAAUAGAGAGCCGGGCAGCGAGGUGGCGGUGGAGGCGGAGGCUGGAGAAGGGGGGCAGCUUUCUCACAGCGGAAGGAGACGACGGAGCUCCUGCAGGACAAUGUGAGACACCGAGAGUUUAUCCGACGCAGUUAGCGAGCAGCCAGCCGGGAUGGAAGCGGGCACGGUGUAAUGCGAACCGGAGCCGAACAUCGACCUGAAUAUUCUGGGAAAUCCGCUUUUUUUUAGCCAAGGAAGCGGCCGCAGCAAUGGGAAUACUCCGCUGACGAGCCGCCGCGGCUGGGCCGAGAAUCGGGAGAAAGAUGGGUGUCGCGCUGCGGAGUCUGUUGUUGUGUAGUUUUUGUUUUCUCAUACGAGGUGAGCCUCUAUUACUAUAUGCGAAUAGGCGAGAUCUUCGGCUCGUGGAUGCGGCACAUGAGAAGGCUAACGCCACGGUGGUGGUUGGAGGGUUGGAGGACGCCGCAGCUGUGGACUAUGUCUUCUCCAAGGGCCUCAUCUACUGGAGUGAUGUGAGUGAGGAGGCCAUCAAACGCACCUUCUUCAACCAGUCGGGGGUUGGCGCAUUGGAGACUGUGAUAUCAGGUCUGGCCUCCCCAGAUGGACUGGCGUGUGAUUGGUUAGGGAGUAAACUUUACUGGACAGACUCAGAAACCAAUCGGAUUGAAGUGGCUGAGCUGGACGGAUCGUUGAGGAAGGUUCUGUUCUGGCAGGAGCUGGACCAGCCGAGAGCCAUCGCCCUGGAUCCAGAACGAGGCUUCAUGUACUGGACUGAUUGGGGCGAGAUCCCAAAGAUUGAGCGGGCGGGCAUGGACGGGACAAAUCGCUCCAUGAUCAUCGAUAAGGAGAUCUACUGGCCCAACGGGUUGACGCUGGACUACAGCCAGCAGAAACUGUACUGGGCCGACGCCAAGCACAGCUUCAUCCACCGCUCCAACCUGGACGGCUCCUUCAGGGAGGUGGUGGUUAAAGGUGAGCUGCCUCACCCGUUUGCCCUCACUCUGUUUGAGGACACGCUCUUCUGGACUGACUGGACCACCCACUCCAUCCACUCAUGCAGGAAGCAGACAGGAGGUGGCCAGCGUGUUGUCCACUCCAACAUCUUCUCUCCCAUGGACAUCCACGUCUUCAGCACUAAGAGACAACCCACCGCAGUGAAUACUCCUUGCUCCCUGAACAAUGGAGGAUGCUCCCACCUCUGCCUCCUCUCACCUGUCAGGCCUUUCUAUCGCUGUGCCUGCCCCACCGGGGUCCAACUGCUGGAGGACGGCAAGACCUGCAGAGACGGUGCGACGGAGAUGCUGCUGCUCGCCCGGCGAACUGACCUGAGGCGAAUCUCUCUUGACAUGCCAGACUUCACUGACAUCAUCCUGCAGGUGGACAACAUCCGUCACGCCAUUGCCAUCGAUUAUGACCCGGUGGAGGGAUACGUCUACUGGACCGAUGACGAUGUGAAGGCCAUCCGCCGCUCCCUUCUGGAUGGCAGCGACGCUCAGUUCGUGGUCACAUCUCAAGUGGACCACCCUGACGGCAUCGCCGUCGACUGGAUCGCUCGGAACCUCUACUGGACCGACACUGGGACUGACCGCAUCGAGGUGACCCGGCUCAAUGGUACCAUGCGCAAGAUCCUGAUCUCCGAGGACCUGGAUGAGCCCAGAGCCAUCGUUCUAGACCCCGUGGCUGGGUACAUGUACUGGACCGACUGGGGUGAUGUGCCGAAGAUCGAGCGGGCCGACCUCGAUGGGAUGGAGAGAGUGGUGAUGGUGAACACGUCUUUGGGUUGGCCCAACGGCCUCGCACUCGACUAUGAAGAACGCAAAAUCUACUGGGGAGACGCCAAGACGGACAAGAUCGAGGUGAUGAACAUGGAUGGGACGGGGCGACGGGUGCUGGUGGAGGACAAGCUUCCUCACAUCUUUGGCUUCACCCUGCUUGGAGACUACAUCUAUUGGACAGACUGGCAGCGGCGCAGCAUCGAGCGCGUGCACAAACGCACCGCAGUGAGAGAAUUCAUCAUCGACCAGCUACCCGACCUCAUGGGCCUCAAGGCCACGAAUGUACAUGAAGCUUUUGGUACGAACCCGUGUGCAGAUGAUAAUGGCGGCUGCAGUCACCUCUGUCUGUACAAGCCUCAGGGCGUGCAAUGUGGCUGUCCCAUCGGCCUGGAGCUUAUUGCCGACAUGAAGACCUGCAUUGUCCCCGAGGCCUUCCUGCUCUUCUCUCGUCACACAGACAUCCGCCGGAUCUCCCUGGAGACCAACAGCAACAAUGUUGCCAUCCCGCUCACUGGUGUCAAGGAGGCUUCAGCACUCGACUUUGACGUCACCGACAAUCGCAUCUACUGGACCGACAUCACUCUGAAGACCAUCAGCCGGGCCUUCAUGAACGGCAGCGCUCUGGAGCACGUGGUGGAGUUUGGUCUGGAUUAUCCGGAGGGGAUGGCGGUGGACUGGCUGGGAAAGAACCUGUACUGGGCUGACACUGGCACGAACCGCAUUGAGGUAGCCAAACUGGACGGGCAGCACCGGCAGGUUCUGGUCUGGAAGGAUCUGGACAGUCCCCGAGCUCUGGCUCUGGAUCCGGCCGAAGGGUACAUGUACUGGACAGAGUGGGGGGGGAAGCCAAAGAUCGACCGAGCGGCCAUGGACGGGACAGGACGGAUCACGCUGGUGGCCGAUGUGGGGCGAGCCAAUGGACUCACCAUCGACUACGCAGAGCGCCGCCUGUACUGGACCGACCUGGACACAACGUUGAUCGAGUCCUCCAACAUGCUGGGUCUCGACCGUGAGGUGAUUGCCGACGACCUCCCUCACCCGUUCGGUCUCACCCAGUAUCAAGACUACAUCUAUUGGACAGACUGGAGCCAGCGCAGCAUUGAGCGUGCCAACAAGACCAGCGGGCAGAACCGCACUGUCAUCCAAGGUCACCUGGAUUACGUCAUGGACAUCCUGGUGUUUCACUCGUCCAGACAGGGCGGCUGGAACGCCUGUGCCUCCACCAACGGUCACUGCUCCCACCUCUGCCUUGCUGUCCCUGUCAGCAGCUUCGUCUGUGGCUGCCCCGCCCACUUCUCCCUCAACUAUGACAACAAGACCUGCAGCGCUCCCACAUCCUUCCUGCUCUUCAGCCAGAAGACGGCAAUCAACCGCAUGGUGAUUGAUGAGCAGCAGAGCCCUGACAUCAUCCUGCCCAUCCACAACCUGAGGAACGUCCGCGCCAUCGACUACGACCCACUGGACAAGCAGCUGUACUGGAUCGACUCCAAGCAAAAUGUCAUCCGCCGUGCUCAGGAGGACGGGAACCAGAGCAUGACAGUGGUGUCGGGCUCUCUGGGCGGACACAGUCAGGGUCUGCAGCUGUACGAUCUCAGCAUCGACAUCUACAGCCGCUUCAUCUACUGGACCAGCGAGGUCACCAACGUCAUCAACGUCACCCGCAUCGAUGGCAGUAGAGUCGGUGUGGUGCUGCGGGAGGAGCACGACAAGCCGCGGGCCAUUGUCGUCAACCCGGAGAGAGGGUACAUGUACUUCACCAACCUAAUGGAGCGCUCUGCAAAGAUCGAGCGGGCGGCGCUGGACGGUACAGAGCGUGAGGUGCUCUUCUUCAGCGGCCUGAUGAAGCCCGUUGCUUUGGCCAUCGAUAACGAGGUGGGGAAGCUGUUUUGGGUCGACUCAGACCUGCGGCGCAUCGAGAGCAGUGACCUCUCGGGAGCCAAUCGCAUCGUGAUUGCGGACUCGAACAUCCUGCAGCCCGUGGGCCUGACUGUUUUCGGGAACCACUUGUACUGGAUCGACAAACAGCAGCAGAUGAUCGAACGCAUUGACAAGACGACGAGGGAGGGACGGACCAAGAUCCAGGCCCGCAUCGCCUACUUAAGUGACAUCCACGCAGUCCACGAGCUCGACAUGAGGGAGUACAGUAAACAUCCAUGUACGUGGGAGAACGGCGGCUGCUCUCACAUCUGCAUCGUGAAAGGAGAUGGGACGACGCGCUGCUCAUGUCCUGUUCACCUGGUGCUGCUGCCCGACGAGCUUUCAUGUGGAGAGCCGCCCACCUGUUCGCCGGAGCAGUUCUCCUGCACGUCGGGCGAGGUGGACUGCAUCCCACAGGCCUGGCGCUGUGAUGGUUAUGCAGAGUGCGACGACGGCAGCGAUGAGGAGGACUGUCCAGUCUGCUCCGACUCAGAGUUCCAGUGCGAUAGCCGGCAGUGCAUCGAACUGAGCCUUCGCUGCAAUGGAGAGAUCAACUGCCAGGACAAAUCUGACGAGAACAAGUGUGAAGGUGAGCCGGUUCGGUGUCCCGCCGAUCAGUUCACCUGCUUCAACGGCCAGUGUAUUGGGAAGCACAAGAAGUGCGACCACAACAUGGACUGCAUGGACAACUCAGACGAGACGGGCUGCUAUCCAACUGAGGAGCCACCGCCGCCUCCUCACAACACCAUCGGCUCCAUCGUGGCCGUGGUCAUGGCAUUGUUUGUGGUGGGCGCCAUCUACUUUGUGUGUCAGAGGGUCCUCUGUCCUCAGAUGAAGGACGACGGCGAAACGGUCACCAACGACUUCGUGGUUCACGGGCCGUCAUCUGUGCCGCUGGGAUACGUGCCGCAUCCGAGCUCACUGUCCAGCUCGCUGCCAGGUAUGUCCAGGGGGAAGUCUGUGAUUGGCUCCCUCAGUAUCAUGGGUGGGAGCAGCGGCCCGCCCUAUGAUCGCGCUCACGUCACCGGGGCUUCAUCCAGCAGCUCAUCCAGCACAAAGGGAACGUACUUCCCACCGAUCCUGAACCCUCCUCCGUCUCCUGCCACGGUCCGCUCCCAAUACACAGUGGAGUUCGGCUACUCCUCCAACAGCCCCUCCACGCACAGAUCCUACAGCUACCGGCCCUACACCUACCGCCACUUUGCCCCUCCCACCACCCCCUGCAGUACCGACGUGUGCGACAGCGACUACACUCCGGGACGCCGAGCGCCGCUCAAGUCCAGCGCCACCGCCAAGGGCUACACCAGCGACCUCAACUACGACUCAGAGCCUUUCCCGCCACCGCCGACGCCCCGCAGCCAGUACCUGUCUGCGGAGGAGAACUGUGAGAGCUGCCCGCCGUCGCCUUACACCGAGCGCAGCUACUCCCAUCACCUCUAUCCGCCGCCACCGUCGCCCUGCACGGACUCCUCGUGAGCCAAAUCCCCUGUGAUCCCCCACCCCCUCCUCACAGCUCCACCCCCUCACUGUAAAUAGCAAUUGUGCAUAUAUGAGGUAAAAAACGGGAAAGAGAGACUGAUGUAACAGGAGGAGUGAGAUGCAGGACGAAAAAGGGAAAAGUGAACCGGGAGCUACAGAACAUUUGUACAUUGAAAAGAGAAAAGCAUAUUUAUAUAUUUUCUAUACAGUGUUUACUGAUAAUGCCAUAGAGGUUUGUAUUAAGAAAUUUGUACAUUUUUUAUGAAAAGGUUUUAUUAAAAUCAUCACAAAUAUAAGUUGCCUUAAACCAGGAGAAAAGAGGCUGAAGGACACAAAGCACACAAAUCAAUGGGACGUUUAACUUAUGAUGCCAAAUAUAAAAAACAUCGACAGCUACAGGGACAAGAAGAGCUCUGCCCGGAGGCUCCUCCCAUCGCCGCGCUGCUCUGUAGUUACCAUGUAAACUGGAUGAGGAGCGGCUGGAGAGAAUGUGGUACUGGGUCUUUGAUUUGAACUUACCUCUCCUUCUUUUACUGAACGGUUCGUCUGUGUGGGUGUGAGUCAUGUGCUGGAUCGCGAAUCCAGGACACUCGGUCUGAGCAAUAAGGCACAUAUUUACCAAUAAAUCAAACCAGAAGCCACUGAGUAUCGACGACGCUGCAGGGGUUCAAACAACUGUGGUCCAGUCUCUGAGAGCCCCAGAGAUGACACGAGCGUGGAUUUUUUUUUUUUUUACUGUUCUGUUUUGUUUGUUGGUUUUGUUUGUUUCUGUUUGUCACAAGGAACUUUUUUUUUUUUUAAGUGUCAAACACUGCAGAGAGUUUUGGCACAAACUAAUGCGCUGCAAAGUACUGCAUGAGGCCAAAUACAAGCGUCAAUGGGAAAACUACAGUCAUGACAAGGAUUUGACUUGGAUGUCCUUGUGAGUUACUGCAGCUUCAUAUUUGCCCUCCACAAACUACAUGGACACAUAUGUUUAACUACCUGCAGCGCAAUACCUGCUAUAUUUUGCACUCUGCAAACUUUGUGUAAGGUCUGCAUAUUAUAUUCAGCAAAUUUCAGCUCCACGGCUCUCACUGCAAACUGCUUGGUACUGCACCAUUAACCUACAUGCAGUGCAUUAUAAACUACAGGUGUGAGCCCCUGUUACAUUUUACUUAUAACAAACUUCCACUGGCACCCGUCGUGCUCACACUGACCUCCACGCAGUGCUUGACAAAAAAAAAAAAGAAUCUUUUUUUUUUCUUUUCCUUCUCAUUUUCACAUGUGCGCUCGUGUCUCUCCGGAGCCUCUGUAGACACGGCACAAACGCAUUGAGGCAGCAUGACUCACAUCCUCAAACCUCUCUGUUGAUGUUCAGACAGGAUUUAAACCAAAACGUACGCUUGUGUUUUAUGUUCUCAUCGAAACGUUCUCAUGCCCGACUGCAACUGAAGCGAGCCAACGCUGCACAGUGGACGCAGGAGGCGCUCUUCAGUUUCCACUUCUCUUUUGGUUUUUUUUUUGUUGUUUUUUUUUCCUCACGGGUGGAAGCAGCGUUCCCCUUCAAGAACACGAUGUUGUGCCUGACCAGCUUCAUAUCCUUCUUUUUUUUAUGUUGUUGUUACUUUGAGGAAAAACACACAAAUGAAAUCCAGUGCCCACUAAAUGCUAUAUAGUAUUUUUGUACCACAUAUUGUGUAGAUAACGUAUUUAUAAGCUAUAUAGUAAAUCAUUGUAAAUCCAUUGAAUUCUUGCAGUACUUUUCAUUCCGUCUUUUUUUUAUAUUGCCUCAUUAUAUUUUUCUACAGAAAAUCACUCCAAACUUACGGUGACAAUCUCCCAUCAGUCCAGUCGAAGAACAUAUCCAGGUUUUCUUGUCUGUUUAAAGUUGCUCUGAUGUUUGAAGGACUGUUGUGCCAAAUCUUUUUUUUUUUUCUCUCUUCUCUGUCAAACAACGUGGAGGCAGAUGUUGGGACCAGAGGAGAAACAUGAGACGCUCACGUCUGUUAGUCUAUUUGUGUCUUUACGCUCUGAGUGAACUUCAAUCUUUUUUUCAUGAAUCGUCAGAGAAGUUUCGUUUCCCUUCCUGCUUUUGUAGGAGAUGAAUAACACCAGCAUGAAUUCGAAGACAAUCUGAUGUUCUACACAUUUUUUAUUUUUCUUAAUGUCUGUCUUUAAGACAUUUUUCUGGCUUUUUAUUCACCUUAUUGUUGUCAGAAUCCAAAUACAGGGUGCAAGUGAAAACGUGACAUUUUAACAUUUUAAUCAGAACCCCAAACCACUGGCAAGCAGAAACUUCAGUUCGUCUUGAUACUUUUUUUUGCUUGAUAAUCGUUUUGUUGUCUCCCCCCCCCCCAUCCUUUAUUCAUUAAAACAAAAACAAAAAAGUAUUUCAUCUUGGAGUUUGUAUUAAAAAAAAAAAAAAAGAUAAAGCCAGGACUUUGAGAUUCAGGAGUCUGAAACUGAGGGCAAAUUUUCAGUCACUGAUAAAAUUCGUAUCAUGUAGCGAUAAAGUGAUUUUAUUCUGACGCGUCCUGUUGAGACUAGCUGAAUUUCAUAUUUCCGCUGAAGUUUUCUCAUUUCAUCACUGGAUUGUCUAGAAACUGUCUUUAUGAUCUGAAGACAGUAGAAAGUAGAAAGAUAUUCUGGGGUCAAACGUCUACGGAGCCAGUGAAGUUCAGAGACAUGUUACAGUUUAAUGACUUCUCAAUAUAUUAAUCUGUGAGAACUGUUUUCCUCCUAAUAAACACCCCUGCAAUAUGUUUUAUGUUUAAGAUAUUUGUACAGAUGCUUAGCUGCCACAGACAAAAGCAGCUUUUCUGGGUUUAAGGAACUUGAUAAAUGAAUAUAAUCACAUCAUCUGCAUAUUAGCAUUGGCGGGGGCAGAUUAUAUUCUCAUCAAUGCGAUAACAUUACCCAGUACAGUACUUUAGUCUCAGAUUUUUUUUCUUCCCCCUCUGGGUUUUGAGGCCCCUUUGCCUGUUUGUUGUUAUCUUUAAAGAGCAGCAGUUUCUUUUAAGAAACUGUUACACUCCGGUUUUGUCCUAUCCUAGUAUUUUUAGCAGCCCACUCCCCCUCAACAAUCUCGAUAUGUGUCCACAUCUGUACGAGAGCUUCUUUGUUCUUUAGUUACAAUGAUCUGCUCUGGGAGAAGUUCUCAUUUGCUCUCUGAGCUUUAUCAAACUUUUUUCUGUACAAACUAUUGUAGCUGACUUACACUGUGUGAAGACAGAUAAAGAAAAGAUGACUGACACGAAUCAAGAACUCAUAGCAUGAACCCUUGAUUCGAUAAUCUGCAACGGCUCGGUCCUCUGUGUUCUCCUCUGAUCGGCAUUUGCUUCCAUGAAGAGUUUGAGCUUAUUAAAGUCUUUGUUGUGUCAAGUCUGUGAUCUGGGAAGUCAAAUGUGAAGAAAAUACUGUUAAGAAUUACUAAAUCUACAAGCUUGACUGAAAUUGGAGUCAAAACUUUUUCAUAUGAUGGCAGGUUUAAGGAUUUAAAAGGUACAAAAGAAACAUUUGAGGGAAUAAAUGAUGAGUUUACUGAUUGGAUGAGUCAUUUGUCCUGAUAAAUAUUACAUGGAAUUCCACUUGGUAAAUAAAAUUAUUUGGAUAAAUCUGGGUUUAAAGAGAUAUAGCAGCUCUAGUUUGUUUGUUGUAUUUGGGAGAAAUUUACCAAGAAAACGUCCCUUCUGACUACCGUCAGGCUUUGCAGAUCCAGGGACGUUUCUGUGCAGAUUGCGAGGAAUGUGGAUGAAAAUGGUUCCAGGAAGUAGAAAUGUAAAAAGGUGUUUUAAAAAAAACCCAUUAAAAGCACUUUUGUUAGUUUAUUGGCGGGUCGACAGGAAAACUGUCGGGAUCUGUUUUGAUCUUGUGGUGCUUCAUGGAGACGACCAACAUUUGGUUCGUCAUGUUCGUUUAAUUUCCACUAACUGUACAUUUUUUUUUUUGUUUUGUUUUGUUUUUUAUACGAUGACUGCUUUACCUGUAAACCAGAUGGACCUGUACAGCCCAUCCAGCUGCCACCAUAAGCUGUUGUAACUCAUCAAAUGCUGUUUUUUUUUCCUCUUUUUGUUAAAUAUAAAGUGAGUGAACUCUG